AUUAACAGGUAUUUACCUAUUUCAUCAAAAAUUUGUGAUUUAUUUAGAUGUUUUCUGAUACAAAUAAUAACUACGAAGAAAGUAGAAAAAAACCCUUAACCAAAUCGCCAAUAAAUUUGACUACAUCAAAUAUCAGCUGAUUGCAAAAUCACAGUGCAUCGUAACGACAGUAGUCGAUCAGACGACGCGAGUGACCUAGCAACAGUAGCGAACCGCAUACUGCCACAGAACAAGAAUCUACAGAUAUCACUCGCAUCUUUGUCGUUCACAUGGGAAGCUGGUGAUACUACGUCACGCGUGAUUCCGAGACGUUGCGCCUGCGACAGCGAGCGGGAAAGAGAGAGUGUGCCCACACAGGUGUGCGUUAACCCCGGCGGGCCAUCAGCUGUUCGCCGCUCGUGCCCGUUGCGCGAUGAAUGCGUGCACCAAGGCAGGCGGCAUCAGUGGCACGGCAGCGGCACUCAACGAACCCAGUGGCCGCCGAUAGCCGCCGGGGGACAGACGCGCCAUCCCGCCCGUUUGCCCGCCGUCGACUCUCUUUCUCUCGCGUACACUAUCGUAUACCCUAUCCGAUGUGUGCAUGCAUGCUAGUGUACGUGCAGCGUUGUCACUGAGACGCGCCGAUCGCGAGCUCUUUGUCUAAUUAGCAGAGUACAAAUUUCAGUAGCAGUCCUUAUACAGAAAACAGAAUGACGCCACAAGAAGAGCGGGAGAACGCGCGCGGCGCGGAGAUUGCGGACGCGUUCGAGGACGACAUGUUCGGGCCGCCGCGCACUGAGCCUGCCGCCCGCCCCAAGCUAUCCAUGAUCUCCGCCCGUCUGCGGGCCAACGAGGAGCGCAAGCGGGUCAUAGAGAUCUGCUCGCAGAAGCUGGAAAACAUCGAGGACCCCGCGAGGGACCUACGCCGCUCCGUCUGCAUCAAUAACACAUACUGCAGGCUCAGCGAAGAAGCGCGACGCGAGAAGGAAGCGAGGCGACGCAGGGCGCGAGAGGAAUGCGACGACUCCUCGUGGGUCGGAAAGAAGGCCCGGCGCGCGGUCGAGGACGAAUGCUUAGCCCUGUUGGACGCUAUCCCCGAGUUGGGUGACGCGAACCUCGGGUGCGCGCAGCUGGCGAGGCAGAUGCCGCGGCAGGACGUGCCCUUGCUGCCCCCCGGGCUCUUGACCGUGCUGGACUCAUGACCGCGCCGCGCUGCGCCUCUACCUGCCCCCCUGUGAUGUGAGAGCCACGCGCUCUUGAUUUUCCCCGCUCGCCCCGAGUACGCGACGCAGCUCGCGCGACCUUCGGCGGCGACCCAUCCUCACCCGGAACGGACGUUUAGCGAAUAUUUUGUUGUUUAAGAAGAGGUACUUACUUUGUUAGCGUGUUUUUAUUAUUUAGUGAAAGUUGCUCAGGCGCUGCCGACGGGCGCGGUCCAAUUAGUGUUCAACGAUUAUUUUUACCGAACGGAGGACACGCUUCGUUAUCGCGUCGUGUGGUGACGCGGUGAGCGAGAAUCGAGGACAUUUAUCGUUUUUAUUGAAUGAUUAGUUGUUAAGCUACAAUUAAAAUGUUACAUUAUUGUAAGUAAAUAAAUGAUAGUGAUUUAAGUGAUAGUGCAAAACGACUGGGAACGGUUGCGUGGACGCUUCGAAUCAGCGAAUUGGAGUCUAGUACCUACCGGUGUGUUUAUAGUGCUGCUGUGCCAGAUGUUGGUGAGCAGGUAACGCGGAGCAAACCGCUCGGUUCACGAUUUGAAGCCAUUCUAGCGAGUAGUCAGUCAUCAAGUUGCUAGCCUUACGAAACUCGACUGCAAUUUACUGCCUAAUUACAUACGUAUAAUUUCACUGAUGUAACUUUAAGGAGAACGAGAAAAAGAGUAUUCAAAUAUUGUUUGUGAACGAAGUUCAAACGGUAAUUUAGUCGAGUUAGAGACGUGGGCUCUGACGUGUAUAGUGUAUAGGACAGUGUGUGCGUGAGCGUCAUCGACAUUGGCCAACAUUUGGCCGCCAACACAAAUGCUCGGUCAUGCACUUUAUUAACAAGUCUGACUUUUUAGUUUCGCUAUUAUAUUACUUUAUCUCGCAUAGUUUUUUU